AUGGAGACUAUUGUACAUGUGUUGUUGGACUGCCCAUUUUCUCAAUCUUGCUGGGCUCUUUCGGCGGUAAACCAGUCGGCUACUGGUUCUAUUGCUGAGUUUAGCAGCUGGUUUUUUGAGCUGCUAGCUGAUGGCCGUGAGGAGGUUAGUGUAGAGGCUGCGAUGGUGUGUUGGAGUAUUUGGCAUGCUCGCAACGAAGUGCAAUGGAACCAUAAGUCUCGGUCUGGUUUGGAGGUAGUGAAGUCGGCAAAAAAUGUCCUUGGCCAAUGGAAAAUUACUAAAUUUGAAUCUCCUAAUGCUUUAUUUGCUAUGGGGGAUAUCUCUAAAAGUAAUUGUUGGCGUAAACCUGAUGAGUAUACGGUCAAGGUGAAUGUCGAUGGUGCGACUUUUGAAGCUCACCAAAAGUUUGGUUUCGGUUGUAUUGCUCGUGAUCACCAUGGUAAGCUUAUUGAAGCUAUUUCUGAGAGUCGUUGGGGUUGUGUUUCUGCAGAAAUAGCUGAGGUCAUUGGCAUCAAGGAGGCGCUAAGUUGGAUAAAGCGCAAGGGCUGGGGUAGGGUGGUUGUUGAGUCUGACGCUUUAGUUGUUGUUCAAGCAAUUAAUAGCUCAGUGCAUAUGCCAUCCCAGUUUGGUUUGUUGGUUGAGGACUGUCGUACUAUUGUAGCCAGUUUGAAUAAUGUCCUUAUUUCUUAUGUUAAUCGAUCUGCAAAUAGGGCUGCCCAUUGUGUUGCUAGGGCGUCUUAUUUAUCGUCAGGUUGUACUUUUAAUGAGCUAAAUGCUCUGCUUUCUUUGUGUGACAUUGUUAAGGCUGAUGCUGUUAAUUUUUAA